UCAUUGAAGAAGUGAGGAAGACUCGGCGCAGUGCCUUUGCAGCAUCGCCGUCACAGCGUGAACGCACACACGCACGCACACGCACACACGCACGGAGGGAGGCUGCUGGUCCAAAAAAAAAAAAAAAAGCGGACGCGUUUCCUCCUGCGCUGACUGCGGGCCGACGACAAGCUCGGCUCUUCUCGGAUUCCCCUUUAGGAUCUUUUCUUCCCCGUUGGAGACGCUCUCCACCCCCCCACCCCGCACCCAACAGCCAUGGCAGAUGAUGCGGACAUGCGCAACGAGCUGUCGGACAUGCAGCAACGUGCCGACCAACUGGCCGAUGAGUCGCUGGAGAGCACCCGUCGCAUGCUGCAGCUGGUGGAAGAGAGCAAAGAUGCCGGCAUUCGGACUUUGGUCAUGUUGGAUGAACAAGGAGAGCAACUCGAUCGCGUCGAAGAUGGCAUGAACCAUAUCAACCAAGACAUGAAGGAAGCCGAGAAAAAUUUAAAAGAUUUAGGGAAAUGCUGUGGGCUUUUCAUAUGUCCAUGUAACAAGAUGAAGAGCGGGGCCAGCAAGGCUUGGGGGAACAACCAGGACGGGGUGGUCGCCAGUCAGCCGGCCCGCGUUGUGGACGAGCGUGAACAGAUGGCCAUCAGUGGAGGCUUCAUUCGCAGGGUAACGGACGACGCCCGGGAAAACGAGAUGGACGAGAACCUGGAGCAGGUGGGAGGGAUUAUCGGAAACCUGCGCCACAUGGCCGUGGACAUGGGCAACGAGAUCGACACUCAGAAUCGCCAGAUCGACAGGAUCAUGGACAAGGCCGAUUCCAACAAGACCAGGAUCGAUGAGGCCAACCAGAGGGCCACAAAGAUGCUGGGCAGUGGCUAAACAGCCCCCCCGGCCACCCAACCCGCCCGGCCGGUGCGCGGCGCCGCACGUCGUCAGUCGCCGACGUGCUUUCAUCAUGAUCUUGACCUUCUUAGGUUUGCACACAUGCACAUAUCACCCCCCCCCCCCCAUUGUAUAUGUCGUUCUGCGUGUCGUCUGUCGAGCUUUUUCAAGAUGAUGGUCCUCGUAAAAAAAUGAUUUCUGAUACGCCGUGCAUCUUUCUCUCCAAAGGUUCUAGAAAUCGCAGAGUUCAUGGCGACGGCGCGCCGUUUUUUUUAUUCUCUUGUUCAAGACGCACACCCCCACCCAAGCGGAUAUAAGUAGACACGGCUAUGGACGGAAAGCGUAUACCCGGAUUGCGAUACGAGCCGUUUGUUUUGAUUCUUCCUUCUUUUUCAGUAUCUCGGCAUUGGCUUUGGUAAAACGCUCCCGUCACACUCGUUUUACUGUUUUGCCACAGCAAAAAAAAAAAAAUGGGGAAGACGGACGGAUAGCAAGUCACGAUCCGCCGAGUUGAAGAAAAAUCGCAAACAAGCACUUCCAAAUCCGAAAAGCGAGUCCCGUUUUCCACCGUUGCGAUCAUACUGAGUUUUGCCUGUUUCGACAAUGUGCAACUCGAUUCUCUGUAACUGUAUUCGGCAUUUGCAUUCCGAGUGAUGUGAAUUGUGCGUUCUCUGCAUGACCAAUGGUAGGGUUUAGACUUCAAAAUAAAAGCUGUCUGAAAAAGUAUGUAUAAAAAAAAAAUAAAAUAAAAUGAAAAAAAAAACAAGAAAAAAAACACAGCAGUAGCGACUUGACAAAACGCAUGCUCAAGUAUUAUUAGGACACAGUUGAUGGUUCCAUUCUUCCCCUGCGAGUUUGCAAUAGUGCCACUCUUUCCGUCUUGAUAUAUUUACUGACUGUGACCAUCUUGUUGUAAAAUAAUGCAAAAGGAAUUACAACAACAACAAAAAAGUGAGAUGGAGAUGAUGAAACAAAGAUCUGUGGUCGUAUUGCAAAAAAAAAAAAAAAAAAAAAAAUGACCCGUUUUCUAAACGAUUAUGCAGUUCCGUGAUGAGGAUGUUGAUUCCGUGCCGAACGAGGAGGACUGGUUGUGUACUGUAACAUAGGUUUUGGAUGCUCUGAGUAAAUAAAUAAACGUUUGCAAUGUAAAGCAAAGGCGCAUCUUUCUGAGAGACCUUACUUUUAUAAGACGACUGUAUCUGUAAGUUUAUUCUCCCCCGUGUGGUUUGUUAUUGGUACCAAAAAAAAAUAACUAAAACACUAUGUUGACGAUAACUAUACACUGAAAAAAAAAUUACAAUAACAUCGAGGGUUUUUGUUGCUUCUGUACUUUAGAGCUAUGCAUACCAAAUCUCCAAAAAGUCCCUUUCGUUAGAGUAAGGUGAUGAACCACCCAAAACCUGAAUGACACAAUAAGAGUCAACUGUGAGAUUGAUGUCCUCAACGCAUGUUCUAUUCAAAGGCUCCCCUCCUCUGUAUCUUGUCAGUGUGUAAAAGUGGUGGACAUUUUGUAGCUAGCUGAAUUGAUUAAAAGUAAAUCAAACCCUG